UUUUAUUAUAGUUAAAUGCUGAAGUUAAAAAUGUAUCCAUUUAUCAUUUCUCACUCACUGAUUAUAAUUGAUUAUUGAUAUUGUAUUAUUGUCAAUUGUGUAGUAUUAUAAUUUAAACGAAACUAUAUAAGUGAAUAUCAUUUUUUCAAUUGAUUAUGAUAAUAUUAUUAUGAUGAACUUCAAUAUGGGAUCAAAAUUCUACAACAAUAAUAUCGAAGAAAACGAUGGAGAUACCGAUAAUUAUAUUACAUGUCCUUUAUUACAAAUAAAAUAUUCUAGACCAAGAAAACCUAUCACAAGUCGUUUGGGACAAAAAGCCAGAUCUUUAAAAUAUAAUAAUGAUAACCGAGCAUUAUUUGAAAAUAAAACAGCAGACGCAGAUUUGGGAAGUUCAUUUCAAGUACACACACCUAAGAAAUUAGUUCAUAGUUUAGAAAAACUUGAUUUAGUACAAAACACUCCAUUUGUUCGUCCAGCAAUUAAAGCUCAAAGUCAUAGUAAUAUAGAAACUCCAAGUGAUACAUUUACCAACUUGAACAGGAAUACUGUUCGUAAAUUAAAUUUCAAACCCGCUCUUCCAUUAAGUACCAAGAGGUCAUUAUAUUAUAACAAAGAAAAUUUACCAGAACAGUCAAAAGAAGAACUGAAUAAUCUAGAAUCUAUAAUAUUGCCUCAAAGUGAUAUUAGUACAACUUCUUGUUCAAUUGAUGUAGAAGAAAAUGUUAAGGAAAUUGCAAGCAAAUUACCAGUUAUAAAUGAUGAUACAUGUUAUACUUCACCUGAAACAUCAAAGUCAAAUUAUGAUACUAGUUUGUAUCAUAGUCUCAGAGAAACAACUUCUAUACCAAAAUCAUCAUUUUUGUCUUUUUGUAAAAACAGUUCUAAUUCUUUAGUUGAUUCUUCCUUGUCAACAGAACAGUUAGAAUGUCAACCUUUAGAUGCUCAUCCUAAACACCAUAACACCAGUAUACCAGAACUAACUCCUAUAGCUAAAUGUAAUAAUUUUGUUGUCCGUGCUCAAACUUCUACAUAUAUCAAUUCUACUGUAUCUGUUCAAGAUGAAGAGCUUAAACAGCCAAUUAAUUUAUCAGGUAGUGUGUGUAUUAAAUGUGCCACUGAUAACUUUAUAUCUGUUAAAGGAAUCAAGUAUAGUAUACUUAAUACACUGGGACAUGGCGGAUCUAGUAUUGUAUAUGAGGUCCUACACCCAGAAACUAAUCAAGUAAUGGCAAUAAAAAAGGUAGACUUAUCUGAAGUUGAAAAUAUUAUAGCUAAAGGAUACUUAAACGAAGUCAGUUUGUUACAAAAUUUGCAAGACUGUGAAAGUGUUAUACGUUUAUUUGACAGUCAGUAUACUGUCAAAGAAAAGAUUCUUUACAUGGUAAUGGAAAAAGGUGAUACAGAUCUUUCAAAACUCAUCCGUAGUACAAAAAAUAUGUCAGUUCACAUGAUUAUGUACUAUUGGACAGAAAUGUUGACCACUGUUAGUGAGAUACACGCUAAAGGUGUUAUUCAUUCAGAUCUCAAACCUGCAAAUUUUCUUCUAGUUAGUGGUCGUUUAAAAUUAAUAGACUUUGGUAUUGCAUCAAAAAUACAAGGCGACAUGACAAGUGUAUUGAAGGAUGUGACUACUGGAACUUGGAACUAUAUGAGUCCAGAAUGUAUAAGAAGUGGAGGCUCUAAUUUUGAAGGACAUAAAAUAAACCAAAAAUCAGAUGUAUGGUCAUUAGGAUGUAUAUUAUAUAGUCUGGUUUAUGGUAAGACUCCAUAUUCACAUUUGACAAACACCUGGCAAAAGUUGCAGUCCAUUGCUGAAUCUAAGCAAAAUAUUAAUUUUCCCAGUCAUAGUAAAGUAUUUACUGAAGGUGUACCAUCGGUACUUCAGCAAACAAUGCAGUUAUGUUUGAUAAAAGAUGUGAAAGCCAGACCUUAUGUCAUUGAUUUGUUGAAGCUUAUUGAAGAUACAGUAUUUAAACCUAUGACAGCACAAAAUUAAAUACUCUUUUUGUUGUUUUAAUAAUGUAAU